AUGACCGCCAACAACCUCAAUAUUUCUUUGGAAUCUCACCUCCAUAAGAUUCUUAUUCCUUUGGUAUCGCUCCUGCCAGCAUCAGCGUCAGAAAACUUGCAACCGUACAUUUCUGACCCUCCGCCAUCCACCAUUCCUUAUAACGUCCUUCAGGCAAUCUCUCAAUGGUCGCGAACACCCGCUGGACAAAAAGCUCUUCGAGCUAAUUCCCUGGAUCCCCAGGACUACAAUAUGAUCGCUAUGCUCGCUGGGGCAACAACUUCUCCAGAGGGUAAAUUUGGCGAUUACACUCCACCAAAGGGGCCCCAGGCAAUAGAAGCUGACAGAGUAAAAGAGAGGAAGGCCAUCACGGCUUUGCUCAAUGCUCUGCUUAGCAUUGGCGGUGCAGCCUUCGCGACGUGGUGGGCCGCAGAUAAAUUAAGGUGGACAAAUGAAUGGAGAGUCCUUCUUUCGCUCUUUGUUGGGAUGAUCGUAGCUAUCUCAGAAGGGGUAUUGUAUGUUAUCUGGGAUUCGCGACAGAAGGCCUCCAAGAAAAGCCAAGGGAUCCGACGCUUGCAAUCUGCCACGCACAAGAAAGAUGACGGGGAAACUAGUCCUGCAGACUUACCAGACGAUCUUACGACGAAAGUCGACUUGACAGACGAAUCUGCAAACCUACGACGACGACGAUAA